UAAAAUAUUGUUGAGAAACGUUUAGUGUAGCUUGAUUAAUCUUUUCAAUUUGUUUACUUUUAAUCAAUUCUGUGAUGAUUGAUAUACUUUAUUUAUAUAUAAUUUCUUGCUCAAUUCAGUAAUUUAUGUUCAUCUGAGUUUUCUUUUACAUCUUGUAUACUAGUCACAAACAUAUUGGCUUUACCUGCUGAUUAAAUUUUUGUUUUCUUUUGGCAUUUUUGUGUUGCGUUUAUUUCGUUUACAAUUAACAUAACUUGCGCCCCUCUAGUUGUUUAUCUUUCUUUCUUUUCUCUCAAGUUUCAACUGAAGUUUCUGGUGGAGAGGAGGUGUUAUUUAUCCUGACUAAUCAGAUCAUGUGAAUUGAAAUUUUUCAUUAUGAGUAAAUAAUCGACGAAACAUACAAUACAAAACUCAAGCCAUAUUUCCCAAAUGAAUUCUUAAUCAUCAUUCAUCAAUCUUUUUAAUGUGUCUUCAAUAUUUAUCUUCCUGCUGUCUCUCCUUUCCCGUUGUCACUUUCAUCUCUUGUUAACUGUCAAUUCCAGUUGAAAAAUCUUCUCACUUACAAAGUGAGUAGAUUGCUAUGGUAAAGUUGAGUAUGAAGAUCAUGCAAUCAAAAUUUCCAAACAGACACUUCGGAUUGACUUCAUCUCAACAUCAGUGCCACAAUAAUAUUAUUGCUUUCAUGGAUGUGCCAAUUGUCAAUUGAAAAUGAUUUUUGUUUUAAUUCCAUCGUUUUCAAUCUUCCCUAUUUAUUGCUGCUUGAAACUUAAAUUAUAUUUGUAAACCAAAAGUGCUUGAAACCAACGCUAAUCCAAUCGUGCCAAUCUUUUAAACAAUACUCUUCUCCAGUCUAAUCGAUUACAAUACCUGCUUUCAACUGUAGUCAUUGCUGAAAAAUUAUUCCUGCUUGAUUAAUUAAAUCAUGGCCACUUUUCUGGCUGAACAUCGUGUUUCCAUCCUUACCCUCUUCUUUCUAAGUAUGUUUUUCAUAUGGAUGGACAUAAGUCUUUAUUUUAAGGUACAAAAACUCAAAGCUAAUGAAUUAAAGAUGACCUCUCAUGGACUUUUCCAAACUAGUGUCAAUAAUAUACCUGAAAUGGAUGGCAGCCUUACAAACUCUAAAAGUGGCAUUGACCACUUGGAAUCAUCUUCUCGAACGACUGAUCUAACAACGGAGUCUGUUACGUUAUUUGAUCCAUUUAAAGGUUUAUCUAUUAAAAUGAUGAUGAUGGACCAGCCAAAUAACUAUAUUUUUACACCAUUAGCUGAAAUUUUCAACGAAGUUACUAAUUUCAGUACAAACUUUUUUUUCAUCACGCCAAAUUUAAUAAGUGCUUGUGGAGUCUUAUGGGCAAUGCUUGCUGCCAAACUGGUUACUUAUGAUAGUUUGUGUAUCCACCGACUUUCUGUCUUCUUCUUCCAAAUAAGAACUUUCUUUGAUGCUUUGGACGGAAUUGUUGCUCGUGAUCAUCUAGGAAUCAAGCAACAUAUCUCAUUGAGUAACACCUCAGGUUACCUUGUUGAUGGUUUUGCCGAUUCAAUUGGGUUUGGUGCUUAUCUUCUUGGUUGUUACUACUAUCUUCGUCGUAAUUUGCCAAAGUUUAGGCUCAACAAGCACCAAUACCUACCUGUUCAGGUACAUGAUGGAUACAUAAACAAUGGUAAAACUACUCAUUCGUCAAGCUUUGUGAUAACUCAAUUGAUGCCACCAAAGCUUUUAUGGACAACAAGACAAGUCUUUUUUGUUGUUUUGUGUUUUGCUUUACAACUUGUAAUCAGUUGUCUGUGUUGGAAUAGAUAUAUCGAAGCUUACCAUGUACUAUUGGAAUCACCUCCUGUUUCAGCACAGCAUGCAAAUCUUCAAAAUCAGAUUCUUAAAUCAUCCAUAAUGUGGGUUAUCAUGUGGUUCUGGAGGAUUUCAAAUGCUCAAUCUCUUAUGCAAUUUCUUUUGAUUUCUGUUUUCGUUAAUCGUCUUUGGGAUUUUCUUUCUUGGAUUCAAUAUAUUGGAUUUUUUCAAAUAAUCAUCCUUUCUUUCCUCAGUGAAGUACAUCUUAAUCAUGUUUCUUCUGUACUCUCUUAUUACUAGCUCUGGAUUUAGAGGGAAACUUUUUCAUGAAGAAAAAGAAAACUAUUAUUAUUUGAUUCAAUCUAGUGAAAGAACCAUCAACAGCAAAGCCUUUCAAAUGAGCUUCAAACUAUUAGCUUUAUUCCAGAUUUGAUGAAUUUUCACCCUCUAUUUUACCACAUUUUUCUGGAUUCCCAUUGCUCUCUAUUUCAACAUCUUCAUAAUAAUCUGAUUCAUUCCCGUAACAAAGUGUCAAUCAGCCUACAAUGACUUAUUGCUAAGAUUAUCACAAAGUCAUCAUCCUCUGCUCAUCGUCUAACAUGUUUGGGUUACUUUAUCUGAAAGCUCUCUUGUUUUAUCGUAAUUUUCUAAUUAAUUUUGCACUAUAUUCUAUCCCUUUAGAUGCUUCAUAUUUUGUUAUUAACGAAAUCAAUUGUAUAUUUUAUUUCCAAACGGAGAAUCAAAAAGCACUGGAAUAAUCAGUUACCAAUGAACUUUAAAGUUAACCAUUUUACGAUAGAAUCGUUUAUUUCGCAGUGAAAUAGUCAAAACUAUUUUCAAAGCAUUUCUCUGGUCAACCGUGAAUAGAAUCGAGACUCGUCAUUGUAAAACCUGAAUCAAGUUACAGAAUGUUGGAAAAUUCAAGAUUUCUUCAUUUUCCGUCAAACUCUCAAAUGCUUAAUACCAUUCUUGAAUAGCAAUGUAUUUUGAUCUCAAUCAAUAGCUAUUUGGUUACUCUUUUUGUCCAACUUUUGUAGCCAUUGCUCCAACAAUACUCACAUUUAUCUCUGUUUUCACAUGAGAAUGGACUAAAUGUUAACAUUAUGUUGAUAUAUUUAAAAUGAGUGAAAGUCAUUUGGCUGAUUGAUCAGGUUAUCAAUGAUAAUCAUUCAAUGAUUGAAAACUGUAUCAAAACCGGAUUCAUUGAAAAUUGAUAAUGUUUUUGAUGUAUUUCACUUUUAUUUUGUGUAAAACACUUUGAUCAGAGUAAUCUUAUAAUUAAGGAUAAAAAGUAAUUGUUAGCAUUAAUUAUAAGGUUUUUAACUUUCCUUGUGAAUUGCCAAUUGAGGGAUUUUUUAAUCAUUUGUAAACUCAUUAAUUUUCAAUCUUUCAUUCCUAUUUUCAUCUGUGAUUAAUGCUAAGCCAAAACAAUGAGCUGUAUCCUUAAAACCUUUGAAUUUAAUUAAUUGCUUUCUACAAUUCAAUUUUGGCUAUCAAGUAAAUAUGUGCUGUUUAUGAUUAACAUUGAUUGUCAAAUGUUGUACGGUUAUGUUUGCUGUUCAACUUUAAACGUUAAAUCAUCAUUUCCGACAAAACUGUACAAAGCUGGCUGCUUUUUCCAACCAUAUUUUCCUAUUUGACAAUUUAUUGAUUUUUAUUAUGAUGAAUUAUCCUCAUUUAUCAACUAUUUUAUCGAUUAUCCAACCAUUUGUAUUGAUGCAUCAAGAAUUUAAUUAACUGUGCCGAAAAUUUAUAUCAUUUACCUUCGAGGGCGUAGUCCGAGUUUGUUGAAGACUCACCUUGUUAUUAAACAAAUUACAAUUUAAGAAAUUA